GGAGGGAGGAGGGAGGAGGAGGAGAAGGGGGUGCGCAUUCCCGCAUUGGCUGUGCAGCCAACUCCAGGGCGCUUUGAGGGACUCCAUAGCCCGAACAUGGGGUUCAAUUUUGUCACCGUCUGCGUAGAGUGACUCUGAAGGUUUAAAAAACGCUAUGGAAAAGCACUUCUGAAAACGGGAUAAAGUGUCGGUUUUCUGUGAAGAAUCCAGUCAUCUCCAUCCGAGCGCGUCUUGCCAGAAAGUCGAGAGAAAGAGAGAAGAAGGGAGGCUUUACUGGAAACUCUCGCAGUCCUUGGACACUCUGAGCUCUUCCAAGGACUCUGGGAUUCAAGUCAAAAAGUUUCAUGCUGAAUGUUCCCUGCAUUGACCUGAGGUCCAGGGUGUACGGGGAGCACUAGGUCUCGGAGCUCCAAUGCCAGUGGACAUGCAGCCACACCAGGGGCUGUAUCACUACGAGAUCUCACCCGGCCAGCCCUCCAGAGGCCUAGUCCCAUCAGACCAGUCUCCCUACACUGAUGUGUCCUCGCUACGUGCCCCGCUCCUCAACGGCCCUCCUCAGGACUGCCGCGCUAUGUAUAAUCCCAUGACUCCCAGUAUGACUCAUGGAUCAGGCCCAGGACAGGGGAUUGGCCACUGCAUGGAUCAAUACAUGAGGCCCCCUCAGGCCCCUCCGCCACACAGUAUGAUGGGCCACAGGGGCAUGCCGCCCACAGAGGGUGGCAACAGCACCCCCUACUGUAACCAGAACAACAUGAUGUCCUCUCAUCACAACUUCUGCCAGAUUCAGCCUGGCUCUGAUCAGAUUGGCUCAGGUGACGGCUCGAGGUUCUCCACACCUCGAUCCAUGCUGAAGCUGAGUAAAAAGAGAGCUCUGUCCAUCUCUCCUCUGUCCGAUGCCAGUGUGGACCUGCAGACAGUGAUCAGGACAUCACCCAACUCACUGGUGGCCUUUGUUAACUCUCGCUGCAACCCUAACGGGGCGAGCUCUUAUGGACAUCUCUCUGUGAGCGCCAUGAGCCCGUCCCUCGGCUAUUCCAGCAAUAUCAACUGCCAAUCCAGACAACAAGGCUCCAUGUAUGGAGGAGGUGGGGGGACACCUCUGGGUGGACACACACCAGGUCCCUGCCAAGCUUCCCGCUUACCUCCCCACAAUCCUCGGCUCCACGCUCCAGCCAAACAUGGACAUCUGAAGACAGAGCCGGGGCUGGGAGGUGUGAUGGAUGGCAUGAAUGUGAAGAGCCUGGAGGAGAGGUCAGAGGGAGAUGUGGCCAGUCCCUCUUCCACUGGCACUCAGGACCCUCUCUUGGGUCUCCUGGAUGGCAGAGAUGACUUAGACAAGGAGGACGGGAAACCUGAGCCGGAGGCAAUCUAUGAAACCAACUGCCACUGGGAGAGCUGCAACAAGGAGUUUGACACACAAGACCAGCUAGUUCAUCACAUCAACAAUGAGCAUAUCCAUGGAGAAAAGAAGGAGUUUGUGUGUCACUGGCAGGAGUGCUCUCGAGAACAGAGGCCUUUCAAAGCGCAGUACAUGCUGGUGGUUCAUAUGCGCAGACACACAGGAGAGAAGCCACAUAAGUGCACUUUUGAAGGCUGUAAUAAGGCCUACUCUCGCUUGGAAAAUUUGAAGACUCACCUGCGCUCUCACACUGGAGAGAAACCAUACGUGUGUGAACAUGAAGGCUGCAACAAGGCCUUCUCCAAUGCUUCAGACCGGGCCAAGCACCAGAACCGAACUCACUCCAAUGAGAAACCCUAUGUAUGUAAGAUCCCCGGCUGCACAAAGCGGUACACAGAUCCAAGCUCUUUGCGUAAACAUGUGAAGACUGUUCACGGUCCUGAAGCCCACAUCACCAAGAAGCAUCGUGGGGACACGGGGCCUCGUCCCCCUGGUUCAGCAAUGACCCCUGGAGGCCAGACCUCUGAACUGCUGCUGGAGAAAGAGGAGACACGCCGGGAGGACUGCAAACUGUUGGCUCCUGAGACUGCUCUGAAAUCCCAGCCAAGUCCUGGUGGUCAGUCAUCAUGCAGUAGCGAACGUUCUCCACUGGGGAGCGCCAACAACAAUGACAGUGGGGUGGAGAUGAACCUAAAUGCAGCUGGCAGUCUGGAGGAUCUCACAGCACUGGAGGAUGGAGUUGCAGGUGGAGGAGGGGAGCCAGGAAGUGUAGGAACAAUGGGAAUGUCUGCACAGGCUUUGAAGAGGCUGGAGAACCUGAAGAUCGACAAACUGAAGCAAAUCCGCAGGCCGACCCCUCCUGGCCGCUGUGCCAAUAACAAGCUACCUGCACUUCCUGGUCCCGGAGAGAGCAUGGGAAUGUGUGCACCUUCUCCACUCCUCUCAAAUCGACGAGUUAUGGAGCUGUCCAAUCACGAGUUAGGAGGUGGUACAUCCAUCGGCUGCUCUUCCAAUGACAGGAGAGGAAGCGGCACCAGCAGCCUAAGCUCUGCCUAUACUGUUAGCCGUCGGUCCUCCAUGGUGUCUCCUUACCUGUCCAGCCGGCGCUCCAGUGAUGUCUCACAAAUGGGAGGAACAGGAGGCGGUGGAUGUCACCUCCUUGGCCCAGAGCAAAGUGGAGGAGACCCUCUCUCUCCUGAGACCACUCGCAGAGGAGCUCCAUGUCCUGUAGGAGGAGGAUUGCCAGGUCUUCCUAAUCUAACACCGGCACAGCAGUAUAGCCUAAAGGCCAAAUAUGCUGCAGCAACUGGUGGACCACCACCUACUCCUUUACCCAAUAUGGAGCAGCCAGGUACUCCAAGCAGAAGAGGAGGUGUUUUGAGUGAAUACCAGGGGCAGCCGCUGCCUCCCUUCCUUCAACAAGGUGGUCCACGUAGGCACAGUGCCAACACAGAGUAUGGCACUGGUGUUAUCUAUCCUCACCAGGCUCCAGGGAACAACAGCAGGCGAGCCAGUGACCCCGUCCGACCAGUUGCCGAUCCUCAAGCAAUCCCAAAGCGCUUCAAUAGUCUUAAUAAUGUUGCUGUGAUGGGCCGAAGGAAUGCGCUGCAACACCGUGGCUCUGACACAAGUCUUUCCCGCCACCUGUACUCUCCUCGGCCACCUAGCAUUACAGAGAAUGUGAUGAUGGAGGCUAUGGGUAUGGAGCCCCACCUUGCCCCUGUUGACGCCAGGGAUCGUUCUAUGAUGAUGCCCCCUGGAGAGAGAAACUUCAUGGGAUACCAGCAACAGCAUCAAACUCUUGGAGGAGUUGGAGGUUCUCUUGGUAACCAACUGUCCCCAAGCCAUGACUCUCUGAGCUGCCCAGACCAGAGUUACAUGCAGGGGCACUACCAGAACCAGGGAGGGGAUGGCACGUCCAGGGCUGGUGGAAAUCCAAUGGGCCAAGCAAGGCCUAUUCAGUCAGAGGGCAUGUCUAAUACACUCCUCCAACAGGCUGAGUACAGUAUGAGCACCUGUCAGCUCAGUCCCUCUGGCCCCCAUUACCCCAGCAUAGGUCAGGGUGGUGAUGCUGGAGGCCCUUGGAGUGAUUCACACAACCAAAUCCAAACUUCCAACCAUGCUCUCCAGAACCAGCGAGGAAUGCAAUAUUCAGAUCAUAGCCUGCAGCCUCAACAAGCACAGGCCCACUUCAACAAUCAAACAGGCCUCUACAACAGUCCUGAUGGAACCCACAAACUUACCAUCAAGCCCGAGCAGCAGUUUCACCCCGGGAUGGGAGGUGGGAAUGCUUGUCAAAGUGCUAAGCUCCACCAGCAGCGGAUGAUCCUCCAGCAGAAUCAGGGUUACCCCCAACAGACAGGCCAGGUCAUGAUGAGGAACUCCAACAAUCCCAGCUGUGACUUUCCAGGGCAGAACCAGAACUCAUUCCCCAGUGGAGGGGGCUUGAGCUUGGGCUGUGCUGGUACUGCACUCUCAGAUGGGCAGAGGCCUGAAACCCCCAUGAUGCAGGUGAAGGAAAUGAUGGUGAGGAACUAUGUGCAGUCACAACAAGCACUCAUGUGGGAGCAGCAACAGGAACAGCAGCAGCAGACCGGAAUAAAGCCUCCUCCUCUAUCUGAUAAUAUGGAUAUGAGUGCCCAGACAGCAAUGAUUCAGCACAGUCCACAGCACCAAAACCAGAAUAUGUACUCCAACCAGCCCUAUACUUCCUACCCUAACCAGAACCUGGUCAUGAGCCCUCCAGCCCACAGCCGAGGGCCCAGCUCUGUGACGCCUAAAGACCAGCAGCUGACAGCUCUCCAGGGCUCAUGUUAUAGCCAGGAAAUGGUGGUCCCCAGGCCUCCUCAGGGACGGAAACCUCUCAGCCGCCAGAACAGCCUAUCACAGGCAGGAGGGAGCUACCUGGGUAGUCCACCCCACCUCAGCCCUGUCCACUCCACUUCCAGCCCCAGGCGUGCAGUCCGACUUCCUCCAGUUCAGCAUCCACAGCACGCGCAAAAUGAAAUGUUCUCUCCUUCCAAUAACAACAAUAUGUACUAUUCAGGCCAGAUAAACAUGGAUAUGGAAAAACACAUGGACCCCCAGAAUGGACCUUGUCUCAACCAGCAGCACAGUAUGGGUCCCAACCUAGACCCAACAGCUGGCACAAAGCCUGCCCCUAUGACUCCCUAUCCUGAAUCUGGCCCCAUCUCCAAUGCCUUAGAAAACCUGGACCUGGAUAACGCUCGCAUAGACUUCACCUCCAUUAUUGAUGAUGCUGAGUCUUCCUCAUUCAGCCCGAUCAACAAUCCCCUUCAGGGUCAGCCAGGGUCUUCCUCCCAGGCCUCAUCCCGCCUCACCACCCCUCAGACUUCUGUUACCCUGGCUGCUGGCUCUGCCCUGUCCAACAUGGCUGUAGGCGACAUGACGUCCAUGCUUACCUCGCUGGCUGGGGAGAAUAAAUACCUGAACACACUGUCUUAGAAGAAUACUUUGGGGCAUAUUUUUCCAGAUAAUCAAUCAAGUAGAGGCCUUGACCAGUUUUUUUCUCACAUAGAAAUGUGUCUAGCCCAGUGUACAGAGGUUACAAGGCAGAGGUUAAGUGCUGUUGCUUAUAGUGAUUUUCCAUGGUACAUUGCAAGAAAGUUUUUUUAAGGUAAGACAGACAAACUUUUAAGUCGAUAAUUUCAUGCCUGGGGUGUUCUAUACAUCCCCAUAUGCCUUUACACAAAAACCCAACACAUUAACCCUUAUUUGAGCCAGGAUCCUGAACUUCCGAGGGAUUUGUUGCCAAUAAAUACCCUUAUAAUAGGGAUAAUAAUGUGUUUCGGUUGCAAGUUAAGACUAAGCUACAAAUGUGAUUCCAUCACAAGUUUCAAAAGUGUUAAAAAUCCCCACAAAACCUUAAAACCAAAGGUGCCUGAUCAACCUCCCUCGCUGUAUUGUUCCUUCGCUGCCUUGGUACUUGGUAUUUUGUCUGUGCCUUAUUGUAAGACACAGAGCUAUAUGCCUGAUAUGAACCUGAACUUUUUCCAGGCAUUCCAGUCACAUGGGGCUGUGGCAACAGUGGAGCAGAGAAGGAUGUAUGUAAAUAAGUUUUAUAUACAUUUAUAUAUGUUGUUUAUAUGACAAUGAGAUGGUGGAUAGAUCAUCCUCCGUCUUGUGAUGGACUGCUUGGAUUCUGAAGGCCAAUGUUCACAUGGGACUUUCUAAGAUGGCUGUUCAAGGAGCAGAGUGAAGACUAAAGUUGUGCUUUUAGUGAUUGAGAAAUUAUUUCUCGGUGCUACUAAAUAUUAAUCUGUAUUGCUAGGGAUUUCUUUGUCGUCAGGAGCAACACACUCUUUAUAGUGGCAUAUCAGUAUUCCCACACAUGCACAAAUGCAGUCACACACAUAACCUACACACAGACACUCAGGACUUGUUGGUGUUUGAAUCUUUGGUGUUCAGAUUACAUGUAUGUUGUAACUGCCUUUCCAGACAGAGAGUUUGCACUCCACAUGUUUACUGUAAGUGUUCCUAAAGCAGCUGUGUACUUUUUUUUCCAGUGGUGUUUAUAACUGCAAAACAGAAAGUUCUUUGCUCUUUCUAAGGUACAUACAUAGAGGAUAACGAGAAAAGCUCAAAGAUAACUUGCAAAUGUCACCUAUAUUCAUACAUUAACCUGACACAUGGCUUGUACAUGACUCAGCUGAGGAUGACGGCUAUUUUGAAUGAAACCCGAGUCAGCUGGUGUGUAUCUGUUAACAGAUCAGAAAUAGUUGCCUGUGUUUGAGGUACUUUCAUAGUACAGUGCUGCUGCACUUUGGCUCUAAUCCCAAAGAGGAGUUAUUUGGAAAUUCUGCAUUACUAAUUCAGGAAAGGGGAUCAAGACGUGGGAAUUUUACUAUCACUACCACUGCAGUGAAAUUUACAUUAUCAUGGCUACACUGAGGUACUUUUUUGCAACUUUUGAGCUGUAUCGUACGGAAGAAGGCUGCAGCUCUUAAUAGGAGAACUAAUUUUACACUGUGGCUUUGCACUGACUACAGCACUGUGCGAAAGGGUCUCUGUCUCUUGUGACUAUUCACAUGAACCUCAUUUUGAUAGAAAGAAUUAUCACAGUAUUUUUUAAUAGUCUUCAAGAACACGUCUGAGCACAGCUAGACUCUAUAAGGCCACAUUUUAGUGUUGCUGAAACAUUUCACAAGAUAUUUCAGAGUAAAACAGUAGCAUCACUUCAAAAGUUUACUAAGCAUUAGCGGGAAUGAACAUUUCUUCAUUUCAGAUAAAGUGUACAACCUACCAAAGACACCUUAAAAUGACUGAGAACAAGAUGCACAAAUAGCCUAUUCUAACAUGACACUAACACUAGCAAUAGGGGCAUGAACAUUGACUGAUAGUGCUGUUCUUUAGAAUGUAUGAGAUGUUUUGUAUAAAAGUAUCUUUUUAUAUUAAUGAACUUUAUGGAUGUUGCCUU